AGAAAAAAAAUGAUUUUUUUUAGUGAGAUUUUAAAGCCUAGCUAGCUGUUUAUAUAUCUUUUUUAUCAUUUUCCAUUGACAACUUGCAAGCGUGCUUUUGUUCUCUUUUUCAUCCAAUUUUUUCGUUCUUUUUACUAUUAAGACUUUCUUGUAGUUCUUCCUCAAAAGAAAUCAAGCUCGGUUAAUUUGGAUUGCCUUUAGAGCCAAAAGCCAUGAAAGAAUUAAUGGUUCUUUCAAACCCAGAUGAGAUUGAGACACACUAUGAUAGGAAAAGCGAACUCAAGGCAUUCGACGAAUCAAAAACUGGCGUAAAAGGACUUGUGGAUGCUGGAGUACAAAAAGUUCCAAAGAUUUUCAUCCGUGAAAGAGACAACCUUGAAGAUGGGUAUUCUUCUCAUGGACACUCCACGAUCUCUAUUCCAGUUAUAGACUUGGAAGGCAUGGAUGGGUGUGGAAGUUUGCGCGAUGAAAUGGCAAAGAAAGUUGGAGAGGCAAGCGAGAAAUGGGGUUUCUUUCAGGUGGUUAACCACGGCAUUUCCACAAACACUUUGGAUGCAAUGCUUGAAGGAAUCUGUAAAUUCCAUGAGCAAGAUGAUGAGGUGAAGAAGAAGUUUUAUACACGUGAUGGAUCCAAAACCCUUGUAUACAAUUCCAAUUUCAAUUUGUAUCAAGCAUCAGCGGCUAAUUGGAGAGACUCCAUAUAUUGUACUAUGGCACCUAACCCACCCAAUCCCCAAGACUUGCCCCAAGUAUGCAGAGAUAUACUAAUUGAGUACUCAGACAGAGUAAUGAAAUUGGGGAUUAGUUUAUUAGAGUUGCUAUCAGAAGCUCUUGGUCUGAAGCAAAAUCACCUGAGAGAAAUGGGUUGUGUAGAGGGACAUUAUCUUGUGGGUCAUUAUUACCCAGCUUGCCCUGAGCCAGAUUUAACAACGGGUAUUGAAAAACAUACUGAUAAAUCAUUCAUGACUCUGCUUCUUCAAGACCAAUCUGGUGGGCUUCAAAUCCUCCAUGAAAAUCAAUGGGUCAAUGUUACUCCUACUCCAGGAGCUAUUAUAGUAAACAUAGGAGAUAUGAUUCAGCUAAUCACCAACAACAAGUUCAAAAGUGUGUACCACAAGGUAGUGGCAAAAAACAAAGGUCCAAGAAUCUCUUGUGCAAGUUUUUUCAGACCAAAUUUCCAAAAUGAAAAUAACCUUCUCAAAGUGUUUGGACCAAUCAAGGAGUUAAUCACAGAAGAAAACCCACCAGUUUACAAGGAAACCACUCUUAAAGAUUAUCUCUCUUAUGUCUUGUCUAAAGGGUUUUUCGGAAACUCUGGCUUAGACCAUUUCAAACUGUGAAGUUGAUCAUUACUGGUGUUCAUUGGUCAAGCUUCAGGGGUCUUGGGCUAGGCCAUUUUAAGCUGUGAACUUGACCAAUUUAUUUACUUUCCACUUCUUAGAGUAUCUUCCAGAGACUCUUUAAAUGUGAUGUUUUUUUUAUUUUAAAGAGAUAACAUUUAAAAAAGAAUUUUAAUAAAUUUUUUAUUUUGACUUUUUAAUAUAAAGAGUUGGUUUGAAUCUCUAAAUGGAGAAAGCCAAGAUUA